AUGAGCGAACAAGGGAAUAGUUCCCCCCUCUCCUCCCCUCCCCCGUCGUCUCCUGGGGGCGUAACUGGUGACCGGGAUGGCACUCCUGUGCAGGUGACCAGUGCUUCUGGGCGGACGCCCUUGGAGGAACUGGCAGCCGAAGAUCUGGUUGUUGUAUCACCAAAUGUCGCCAAAGCAGCAGUCGGAAAGCCGGUAGCCAAAAAGGCACCAGCGAAACAGGUAGCCAAAAAGCCAGUAGACAAAAAGGCGGCUGUCAAAGAGCCGGCAAACGAGGAACCAGUACUUGAGGAACUAGAAGUUGAGGAACCAGUAGCCAAAAAGGCGACUGCCAAGAAGCCGGUAACCAAGAAGGCAGUAGUCAAAGAAUCAGCAGUCAAAGAGCCUGCAGUCGAGGAUCCAGCAGUCGAAGAACCAGUAGUCAAAAAGGCAGCAGCCAAGAAGCCGGUAGCCGAAAAGCCAGCAGUCAGAGAGUCAACAGCCGAAGAGCCAACAGUAGAAGACCCGGUAGUCGAUGAGCCCGCAGUCGAGGAACCAGCAAUUAAAAAGCCAGCAACCAAAAAGCCGACAGUCAAAAAGACAGCAGUCAAGAAGGCAACAGCAGCCAAAAGGUCAGCAGUCGAGAAACGAGCUGUCAAGGAGCCGGGGUUUCAAGGACCUGAAUCACCUGAAAGAGAACUAGCUACGCCGUUGGCGGCACCAAGCGCUUCUCCAGAAAACAAGUCAGGACUUCAACCAUCUAGUCACCUCAAACCUCGAGAACCAGAAAGGACAGGGUCUACAUCUUGGAAGGCAAUCAAUCUCCCACCACCAAAAGCACGAUCAGACGAAAAGCCAAAAGUUUCGACACGUGAAGGAGAAGAGGAAGAAGACGAAGAAGAAGAGGAAGAAGAAGCGCCUGUGCCAUCAGCAGAGCCAGAAGUUCCGGCACGUGAAGAAAAAGCGACAGCGUCAUCAGCUGAAAAGCCAGCAGUCGAGGGACCGGUAGUCAAAAGGUCGGCAGUCAAAAGGUCAGCAGUCAAAAAGCCAGCAACCAAAAACCGAUCUGUCAAGAAGCCAAAGGUUGAAGGACCUGGAGAACCUGAAAAAGAAGCGGCAGCGCCAUCAGCAGAGCCAUCAGCUGCACCAAGCUCCGUCUCCAACAAGAGAAAGCCAGAAACUUCGACACGUGAAGAAGAAGAAAAAGAAGACGAGGAAGCGGCUGCCCCAUCAGCUUCAUCAAGUCCCGUAUCCAAGAAGAGAAAGACAUUGCCUGCAUCAGUCAAUUCCAAUGAGGAUGUGGCUGGUUUACGCACCAAGCUGAAACUGACGAGGGGCGCGUGUACUCCUUGCCGUGACAACAAGCUUAAGUGCCUUAAAGAGAAGCCUAUCUGCUCGCGAUGUGCCGAAUCCGGUACGCAUUGCGUUUACGCUUUUGAACAGCCGCGGAAAGGAAUUUCAACAGCGACUCGUCCAGCAUUGUCUAAUAACGAGCAUGGGAGCGAGCCAAAAUCCCUGGGUCCGCCGAGUUCGCACGCCUAUUUUGCAGUACAGAACCUGGCAGUCGAUGGAGAAGUCAAUAUGCCGGAAAACGGAGCAGCAGCAGUUACUGAUCCAUCGAUCAAUGCAAAUUGGCAAACGCCAGAGGAAGCUGUUCCAAACGAUGGUGCACAGAAGUCAACAGGCACACAUCGUUCUGUAAGCAGUGACGUGCAACCGGAUACUGAGCCUAGGAAGCGUAAAGCAUCGGACCAGGCCAAACCUACCAGUGCCAAAAAGCCACGACAGGCUGGAGCAGUGCCCAGGAGAACAAACAUCGACAAAAAGUGGGAAGCACCUUUCGUCUAUACCGAUGAAUACUCCCCUCUCACCAAUGCUGAUCUCAGAGCCAUAUUGCUGCUCCCACAAGCAUGGGACGUGUUGACACCAGAGGAGAGGAAAGACAUUCUCGCCAAAUUCCCCGACGACGGCCAUAUCCUGAAUGCAGGGACGGAGGAUGCUCGACCGGAUCUUGUCUCUUUGCGCAACAAUGACCAUUUCAGAUAUGAUUGUGCUCGGUACCUUGAAAACAUUGAGCGGGGUCGGCAUGAUGAGCACUGGCUUCAGGAGGCAUGGGUCGCCCAUGAGAAGCACAAACGAGGCGACUAUGAUGAUUUUCUUAGAAAGGAGUUUGAGAACGAUUGGGCAACGAAGAUCCCAGAGGGGUUGCUCCAGAAAACCAAUCGGAAGAACGAGACAUUCGGGCGAGAUCCCGCUGAAACAACGUCCGGAGACAAUGCGAUGGCAAAUGGACAGCACAAAGCCCUUUCUGGACGCGCUAAGGGCGCUUCAGCGGUGCAAGACGUGUCUCCUGUCAAUUCAGCAUCUGUCGAUGCAAUCCAGGCGAAUGGAACUUCCAUACACAUCGCCGGGAGCACUUCCAACCCGAACGGAGCGCAGUAUACCGCAUUACGGUUCGAAAUACCACAAGAGGCCGAUUGA